GGGUAUCUGCAACGCCCCCGCGACCUUCCAGCGAGCCAUGAACAUGGCUUUUCAGAAUUUUGUAUGGAAGACUCGUUUGGCACAGAGCAUCAUCAACUACUGCGUGAUCGUGUACAUGGAUGACAUCUUGGUGUACUCGAGUUCCUACGAGGGACACGUGCAGCACAUCAAAUGGGCACUACACUCGUUACGAGAUGCGGGCUUCAAGGUGGCGCUUGAAAAGUGUCAGUUUUUUCUCACCACCAUUUCCUUCCUGGGACACGUGGUGACGGACAAGGGACUUCAACCAGAGCCGCAGAAGGUGGCAGCUGUCAGGGAUGCGCCGCAGCCAGAGGCGAUUUCAACGAUCCUUGCCCAGGUGGGACCAAGCGGACUUGAGAGCGUGGUGGAGUAUGCGUCCAAAUCAGUGCCCGCCUGCAAGCGCAACUACGCUGCUCCAACGGGAGAAUGUUAUGCGGCUCUCAGGGGAAUCAGUCACUUUCGUGCUUACCUGUACGGGCGAAAAUUCACCCUGGUGAGUGAUCAUGAGCCCCUGUUGGCUCUGAAGAAGUCGAAGGAUUACUCAGGCAUGAUCGGGCGAUGGGCAACGGUGCUGCAGAGCAUGGACUUUGACAUUCGUCAUCGGAAGCACGAGAGACACGGGAAUGCAGACGAACUGACACGGUUGCAUCGGCCUGAGAAAGUUCCGAAGAAUGAGGAGGUGAUUCCGUGGAACGAACCUGAACAGGAGGUUGGACCUCGGUACGGCCAAGUGGAGAUCCUGUCGAAGCAGAAGUCCUCACGCUGUAGUACUCGCGGAGGUGACCGCAGUUCAUCGGCGAGCGGGUCCCAGAACGAGCCACGUCACCACGGUGGCGGCAUUCACCGGCGACAUCAGGUGACGUGGACGGGCACUAGCGAGCAUCCCGCGUGGAUUGAGAAUCCGGAGCUGCUGAUCAUACAGGCUUGGAGGACUAACGUGGAAGGAGAUCUUCUUGGCUUUCUCUUCGGAUCGGUACGGCCGGGUCGACGACAACUGAUUGCGCAGGAGCUCCGAGUCAUCGCACCGAUCGUGCAAUUGGCGGACGAUCUCUCGCCCGACAUCUAUUCGCAGAGUGACGACAGUCCUGCUCCGUAUAUUUUCGAGCGAUCAUUGGAUCCGUACCUUCAGUGGACCGUGUGCUUGGAGAAACCCAGGGACGAGGAUACGCUGCCAUCGCGGCAGGAGUAUCUGAAGCCGUACGAUAUCAUCCCUCACGCCUUCUAUCCGAGGGCAGAGGAAGUGGUGAUCGACGACGACGACGAGGAAACAUCGGAGGAGGGAAGCUAUAGUGAACAUCGCAAGGGUGAGAUGAGCGAAGGAGAAGAGGAGGAAGAAGAAACUGGAUCCGAGUGGGAAGCCCUGCCGGAGGAAGCGACGCGUACGGGAACGGAGGCGGAAGAUCCGGAAGCGGCGUGAAAGCGCGAAGAAAUUGCCACAGGGAAGCACCAGCUGGAGUUCGCCAGCGAAGCUAGCCUGCGCAUCAGUAGCGAUCCGACCAGGGAUCCAGAGCCCCCGAAGC